AUGGAAGUAGUGUGGUCCAACAACCAGGUUUCGAUGCUCAUAGAGCUUUACCAACAGCGUAAUAUACUUUGGGAUGCUUCAAAUAAAGAUUAUAAAGAUAAAUUAAAAAAAAAUGAUGCUUGGGCCGACAUUGCUGCAGAAUUGAAUAUGUCGCAAAAGGAAGCGGAAACAAAGAUGCAUAUUCUACGCUCACAAUUUUCUCGUGAAAAGAAAAAACUUAAGUCAUCAAAAAGAACUGGAAGCGGUGCCGAGGAAGUGAUUAAAAGCAGAUGGCAGUGGUAUGAUCCGCUACAAUUUUUAUUACGUGGUGCAACGACAUCUGGAACAUCGGAUACAAUGGGAACGGAUGGCAGUGCCUCAACGCAGCCGUCAAAUACACCGCCAACUAUGCCGCCGCCACCGCCAACAUCACAACUGCCACUGCCACCGCCGCCACCGCCACCGCCACUUCCACAGUCAAACAACUCCAAAAAGAGGAAGUGUGACGAGAAUCUCAAUGAAAUGUAUGAAAUUAUGAAAAGUGCCAAAAAGAAGAUGGAGGAACCUAAAGACGAAUUUGAAAUUUAUGGCCAGUAUGUGGCAUCUGAAUUGAAAAAUGUGAAAAACCAAAGAGCACUGUUACAGGCCAAGUAUUACAUAAAUAAUAUAUUGCUACAAGCGAGAAUGGGCAAUUUCGAUAGUAAAUAUUUUGGUGGAUAUCAAGGCUAUGGAGAUGGAUGGCUCGGCUAUGGCGACGGAUACCGCACCACAUCAUCAACGUCGACAUAUGCUGAUGCAUCUACACCAACGCAGACACCAGAACCCCAAGUCCAUACUGCUACUGGUGACGAGUUGCGCUUUAGUAAUCUUGACGAAAUAGUUUCCCAGUUGGAAGAUGACACACAAUAA